AUGGAACCAUUGAUGCCAUCCGAAGUCGCUCGUUUAGUGUAUGGUUAUCUAAAGAAAGAAAAAAAUGAGGAUGCUGCAGUGUGCUUUUUAAAAACAUCUCCUCAUUUGACUGAAUGUUAUCAAAUGUUUAAAGCUAAUAGAAAGUUUAAUAUUAAAGUAAAUGGGUUUAAUUUACAUGACAUAUUCGACAAUUUUGGAACCAUGUGUACCAUGAUUGAAAAGCGAAUACCUGAAACAUGUGAAUCUAAAACAUUAAUUGAGAAACUACAGUAUGUGUUGGAUACAAACCAUAUACCAACGAAAAAAGAUAAAUUGGUUGAGAAAAAACUAAAUAUGGUUGACAAAUGUGUUGGUAAUACAGUUAAUACUAAAGAUCAGAGUACACAUACAACAAUAAAUAUAGAAGCAAAUAAAAGUAUAUCAGAAGAAUUAUUAGAAGUCCCAUCUUUCACUGAUAUAAUUUCUAAUAAUAUUUCUAAAACAAAAGAACCUGACACAUUUAAUGAUGAAACCACAAUAACUGACGAGAAAAACUCAUUUACAUUUUCUUCGCCCUGUUUAUCUACAAUGACACAACUAGAAAAUAAUACAGGUACAAUGACAAUUUCCAAAUUUGACGAAAAAGAAUCAAAAAUAUUUCAAGUAAACAAACAAAUUUGCAGUACUCCAGCAAAGAAAAAUGAACAAACUAAAAUAAAUAUUGAGUUAAUACCACAAUUUAGUCCAAAAAAUAGUCAUAAUCAAUAUUCUGGUGAUCAGGCUGAAAACCAGCAAAUACCUGAAGCGACAUCACUUGACUCUAUGCCGGGAUUUUCUAAAGAAGAUAGGAUAAAGGAUGGUUCAAUUGCUAUUGAUACUGGUGAAUUAGUUGAUACAUUUUUGAAUGAUCAAAGUUUAUUGGAAAAAAUUGCUGAUACUAUAAAUAAAUCUUUUGACGCUCAAAACGAAACUAACAAUAUACUAGAAAGUAAAGUCUUGGAUCCUCCUACACUUGAAAAAGCAUUAGACUCUACUCAGUCUGAUCCACAAAUUAAAAACAUACUGGAUGAGUUUUUAGUUUUUAAUGUUGAUAAUGCUGAUAUUGGUAAAGAAACAUGUACUAAUGAUGAAUUAGACAACUCAAUCAAAUCCCGUUUACGUAGUGCCAGAAAAAAAGAUGAUGUGCCAAGCAAAUCAAAAAAGAAUAAUUUGAAUAUCCCUAAACAUAUUGUUUAUGGUAAUGAAGAAUGUUUGAAAGUUGACAAUAAUAUUUUACUGAUACAUGAAGGUAAUAUCAAAACAACAGUUUUUGAGAAUUACGAUUUGCUAUCAAAUCAAUUAGUUUUACAAUCAAUUGACUCAACUAAAAUAGAGCCAGAAGAUUAUUAUGCCAAAUCUGAUUAUGUGAAAAUUGCUCCAAAAAUAACUCCCAUGUUAAAGACUCACCAAGCUUCUGAAAAACUUAUAUUUCCAAAACGAAGAAGACAGUUAUUAGAAGUUCCUGGCAUAAGGAGCAAAUUUAGGAGAACAAAUAUAACUAGACAACCAUUGGGUCAGACUCCUAAAUCAAUUGUUAUUGAAGUUCCUAAUCAAAAUUCAUUUGAAAUUCAAGAAAAAAAUCAUAUUGAGAUUAAUGAUGUUAUCAAAUUACCUGAAGUUUCAUCUAAAGUUAAUAAUGUGAUGGUUCAUGAUACACCUGAUGAUAGACUCAAACCUCCAAAAAGUAAAAGUAUGAGUACACCACGUAGAAGAAGCACUCAUAUAAGAUGUUUAGAUUUUAGUACUCCACAGCCUAAGAAUAUGAAUAGAAAUCAAGCUCGUUCAAAACUUUUCUGUGACUCCCCUAAAAGACUUGAAAAAUGUUUGGAAGAACCUUCAUCUAGUCCUUUACCAAAACUUCAAGCUGAUUGGGGUUCAGUUAAUGGAUUUGAAUCAAUGAUUAAAAAAGAGGUUAUUAAACAUUGGGAUACAGAUAUUAGAGAAAUGGUGGGGGCUGGAAUUUUAACGUCAGAUGCUGAUGGAAGAAAAACGAGAAAAAAGAAAACGCCAAGAAAAAAAAUUAAAUCAGUCAAUGUUCAGAAUGAUUCUGUUUUGCUUAAAGAUCAAAAGAAAUCAAGUAAUAUUUCAAUCGCGACAAAUGAAUUACAAACCGAUGUAUCAAAUAUUUCUGAAAUCACUUAUGACGGUUUAAAUGAGCAAGACUCUACGCCAUUACUGGAUAUCCAAAAGCCACUACUAGAGAAAAAUACAAAAUGUCCUCCUUCAUUGGAAACGUUAAAUAAUGUUACGGAAUUAUAUAAUAAACAACCCCUAAUUAAAUCUAAUUCUUUGAAUACCUUAAACAAUCUAAAAUCAUUGAAAAGAGAGAGUGAAUUUUCUAUAUCAUUAGAAACUCCAGAUAAAAUAACAGAAUUAUAUAAUGAGGAACCGCCAACUAUAUCUGAUUCUUUAAAAAACAUCAAUGAUAAAGAAUCUCUCAUAAAACAAAGUGAAUUUUUGAUUUCCUUAGAAACUCCUGAUAAGACUGCAGAAUUGUAUACUAAACAGCCAUCAGUUAAAUCCGUUUCUUCAAAUGAUAAUAAUGAAAAAUCAUUUGACAAACAAAGUGAAUCUACAAUUCCCUUAGAAACUCCAGAUAAAAUAACAGAGUUAAAUAAUAAACAACUGUCCAUCAAAUCUGAUUCUUCAAAAAGCGAAUGUGCAACUCAAAUUAAGCUUGAACAGUCUCGUGUUAAUGAACUGAAAAAUAAUCAAAAUCAGUUAAUUAACUCUUCUAUUUUAAAUACUAUGCCAGAAAUAACAAAUCAGGAAAAAGAUUCUAAUUUUUUAAAAAAAUUUCAUAAUCAUAACUAUUCAUCAAUAGAAAAUAAGUCAAAUGAACCAACUAAACCUUUAAAAGAUCAAGGUUUUUUUGUUCAAAUUGAUACUAACAGUUCAAGUGAAUUAAAUAGUCCAUUAAAGUGUAUUAGCAUUGAAUCAGUUAAACCCAAUCUAGUUGAAACUCCAUAUAAAUGUGAUGAUGCUGCUGUCGAUGUACCUGAAACUCCUAUUUCAAAAAUAAUACGUGAAUAUGAUCCAAGUAAGAUGGUCACACCGUUACCAUGUACGCCAGAACAUGAUGAAUCAUUGACAGAAACACCUUUGACCAAAGUAUUCAGAGAAACGUCAUAUUUAAAUAGAGCCCCAAUUUCACCAUUUCCUCCUACACCAGGAAAUUCAAUGUCCGUCGAUACUUUGAUUAUACCACCAGAACAGGAUCAUUUUAAAACUUCAAACAAUAUAAAUUGUAAAAUUAACAGUUUGGAAGGAUUUUUAACACAACCUAUUGAGACUACAACUACUAAAAGUGAAUUAUCAACUAAGUCGAAGAAAGUUAAAGUUAAAUGUACACCCUUAAAGCCUAAAUUAAAAAUGUCUACUAAAUCUAAAGUAAAAAACGGAUUAAAAAUAAACAAUAUUGAAGAAAAAAAAAAACAAGUAUAUGAGUCUGUUAAAGUUGAGCUAUUUGGAAGUGAUAUUUCAGUGAGUCCAUAUAAACCUGAAUUAUUAAAGACAAAUGAACAAAAUAAAUCAAUAGUUAUUAAUAAAAAACCAAAAGAAGAAGAAAAAAAAUCUGGUUUUAAACCCAUACCCAAAAGAAAAUCAAUUGAAUCUACAUCUGUUGUAAAUGUUAAUGGUAUUGAAGAUCAUUUUUCAGAUGAAUUAAACAUGCAACCAACUAAUACUCCGUUUAUUAAACCAAUAAUAGUGCAAUGUGAGAAUAAUACUUCAGGAAAAGUAAAGAAAACAAUUUCAAAAAAAAUUAAUAAGUCCAUGGUACAUUUUGAUGACCCAGUUGAAAAAUUCUUUAGAUUGUCUAAAAGUCCAACACUGGAUGAAUCUAACAACAAAAAAAUUGGUAAAAUACAAAACAAUACCACUGUAAAUGAAAAUGACAACUCAGAAAAAUUGAUAGGGUUAAGUAGGUAUUUGAACAAAACUUCGUCGACAGUUUAUGACUGUAGUCCAAAAGAGAAGAAAAUUAAAACAAUAGAACCAACGGUUAACAUUUCUAAACUUAAUAAUAGUGAUUCUAAUAUAAAUUAUUCAGAAAUGUAUAAUGUAGGCAAAUCCAGUAAGAAUAUAUCAAAAAGUGAUAUUAGUAAAGAAACAAAAACUAAUGAAAUGAACAAUAUAAAAAUUGAAUCUGAGAAUUGUGUAAUAGACGUAAAUAAAGUAUGUAAUGAAAAGGAAAAUGUCAAACAAAUUAUGUCUCUAGAUGAUACUCCAAAUUGUACUUCGGAAAAUAAAAUGAAUACCAGUCUUGACAGAUCUGAAUCACCUAUUGUUGUCAAAAGCGUUGUUAAUAAUACCUCCUGUAUUACUAUUACACAUGAUGAUAAUUUAGAUGUUCAGAUAAACAAGGUCUGUGAUUCACUAAGCAAUAUGAAAUAUUUAAAAAAGCAAAAAGUAUAUGAAGUUUUUACUGACGACGGUGAACAUGCGAUGGUGAAAUUAAAUGUAUCAGAAAUAUUCACUUUGCUUGAUAUAGCCUCAGAAUUAGAUUUAAUUGCAUCACCAUCGAUAACAACAAACAAAAUAUUAGACGUUACUCCAAAAAUAGAAAGCGGUGAAUUGGAGAAUGAUAAAAAAAUACUCAUGCCAGUGACCAGCACUCCUAAAGACAAUGUUGACAUAAAAAUUGAAAAAGAUGAUAGAAGCAGAAGAAGUCCCUCUUUUUGGGAUGAUUCUGUUCAUAAUUACCCAAUAAAACACAGAGACGACAGAUAUAGGGAAAAAAACCGUAGGCAAAAUAAAAUCCAUAAUAAAUAUGAUUAUAAACACAGGUCAAGCAAAUUAAGAUGUCAUGAUGAACGAUUUGAUAGUCCGAUACACCAUUCUCAAAGAAGUCAUCAUCAAAAUGUGAAAAGAGAGUUUACGGAAGAUUCAGUAAAGGAUAUACAUAGAUAUAAAUACAAAAAUGAACAUAGACGGUCCUAUCAUGAUUAUUAUAGUAAAGGAAGAAAAUGGCAAGAAGAAAAUGAACGAUUUUCAAUUCCACAAAGAAUGUCACAAAAUGAAUUACCAAAAUCAAAUAGAUCAGAAGAUAUUGUUAAAAAGGCUACUAAAAGACCCGCUGAUCGAACAGUAUAUAAUAAGACUCCCUCUAAGGUGUCCAAAGUUGAACAUCAAAGGUUGCUGAAGAACGUAGACGUUGAUGAUUUUUUGUCUGUUGUACAUGGUCGAAAAUAA